AUGUCAGACAACGGCCGACCACGCGAUGAUCGCGCCCGCGACCACCGUCGAGAGCCCCGCGAUCGAGCCGGCACACCCAGCGACAGGCGCAACCGCUCCCGCAGUCCACGACGAGACCGCGGUGCGCCGCGUCGCGAAAACAACACACGAUACCGCUCACGUUCGCCCUUCCACCGUGAUGAAGGAGGCCGAGCUGAUAGAGGCCGAGGAAGCGGCGGCGGCGGUGGCGCACGAGGCCGCGACGACCGAUACUCCACCCGCGCACCUUACCCCGACCGCGACCGCAACCGCGCGCGCUCCCCUCCCAAAGGCCCACGGGGCGCCAACGCUGUGCCCCUUUCCCGCACUUCUGACAAGCUGCCCUCUGGCCCUCGUGGCGAUGUCUUCAAAAAGGAAGAUUCGCCCUCAGAUACGGAAAUGAAGGAGGAGCGGCAGAAGCCCGAGGGCGUGGACGAUGACGACUGGGAGAUGAUGUGUACGAUGGGUUUUGGCGGGUUCAAGAGCACCAAGAACACAAAGGUGCCUGGAAACGACAAGAACUUUGGGGUCAGGAAGGAUAAGAAGAUGGAGGCCCGACAGUACAUGAAUAGGCAGGGUGGCUUCAACAGGCCGCUCAGUCCGAGCCGGGGAUGA